AUGAAGCUUCUCCCUGGUCUCAUUUUUUGCUCCCUGGUCCUGGGGGUCAGCAGCUGGCUCUCAUUUAUUGGUGAGGCUUAUCUAGGGGCUGGGGACAUGUGGCGAGCCUACUCUGACAUGAAGGAAGCCAACUGGAAAAACUCAGACAAAUACUUCCAUGCUAGAGGGAACUAUGAUGCUGCCCAAAGGGGUCCUGGGGGAGUGUGGGCUGCUGAGAUCCUCAGUGAUGCAAGAGAGAACAUUCAGAUGUUCAUGGGUCGUGGACACGAGGAUUCCUUGGCAGACCAGGAAGCCAACAGAUGGGGCCGCAGUGGCAAUGACCCCAAUCACUACCGACCCAAAGGCCUGCCAGACAAAUACUGA